GAAAAAAGUCCACCAUGUGAAAAAAAGAUAUAUAAAAGGGGACGCGUAAAACCGCAAAGUUGCCAGGGUUAGACCUUUUAUUCGUCCGCCUCGCCUCCAGCGGCCCUGGGUCGGUGUGUUUUGAACCGGGCUCGGUAGAGAGCGGAUGGACAGCCGGAGCGGAGCAGGACAGUCUCACCGACGGUAGCAGACGCGUAUACCAUGCCGACAAGUGAUGGCCCCAGUCGCUUCCCCGUUUUUGUGGCUCCGCCUCACAGCCAUCAUCAGAGGUGCCCGGGUUACGUUCCCGGGCGAGUGGCUCCUGUCCGCUCGCCGCCCCCAGCCAAAGCUCCGCCGCCUCCGCCCAUAAAACCUCACGGUCCACCGGCAGCACGGCAAGCCACGUUCAACGUGUCGGAGGAGAACCAGCGCAGGGAGCGUGCUCAGAGGCUCCAGCAGAGAAAAAACACUCUCAUCUGCUGCGGGGUGUCGUUGGGUGCCUUCUUCUUCACACUCAUCCUCGUCCUUAGUCUCAGAAGUGGACACGUAUUGGAUGAAAAUUGCCCAGACCAUAAUCCAUCACUAAGUAGCUGGAGUCCAGGUCACCAGCCGGAGAAGGCUGUUGUUGUGAGGAGGGGAAAUCUGUUCAGGUUGGAUUCUUCAGCGACCUUUCUUUCACUUACCAUCCAGUCAGGAGGUCAGGUUGUUUUUGCAGACGCCACUGAUGGUUCCAAAAACAUAACUGUGAGAACACAUCACAUCCUCAUAGAAGAAGGGGGAGCCCUCCAUAUUGGUUCACCCAAAUGUCGCUACCGGUCUCGCGCCACCAUCAUUCUCAUUGGCCGUUCAGAUGACACGUCCAUGCCAGAGGUCCCCGGCUUGGGCCGAAAAUUCAUAGGCGUCAAGGCUGGAGGGACUCUCGAGCUCCAUGGUGCCGAGAGAGUUUCCUGGUCUCUGCUCACCCGAAGCGUCCCGGCCUCCGGCCUCUCCACAGGGGGCUAUGCCUUCCAGCGGAAUUUCAGCCGAGGCAUUAACCUGCGUGUGGUUGACCAGGACACAGCUGCUGUACUGUUCACCGAGCGCUACGACACGCACGACUCUCCGAAUGACAGCCGGCGGCUCACCCAGCUGCUCCGCUCCCUGCCGGCAGGCCGCAUCGUCACGCUAGCUGUAGGAGACUCUGCUGUCAAAAGUCUCCUGGAUGAAACAAAGAAGGCCAUUGAGGAGAAACUGGGCAGCAGUUUUGUCUACGAUCUCAAAUACAGACAGGCGUGGGCUUUGGUCUCGGUGGUCGGGGGCGGCAAUACGUCAUGUUCAGAGGACGUCAGGGAACACGAAAACCACGACACAGGUGGCAGAGCUGUGGCGAGACGCAACUUCACCACCGUGGACGGAGUGGGCUUCACCGUCACUGCCUACAGCGAGUGGAAAAACGGCUUCCCCAUCUCAGGCUUCCAGGUGGAUGCCGUGGACCAGGUGGUGCUGAACCUGCAAGAUGAAGUGCAGGAGACCUGGCGACCUGGGGAUAACAUUGUCGUUGCCAGUACAGACUACUCCAUGCACCAAGCGGAAGAGUUCACCCUGCUGCCCUGCCCUCACUGCACCAGCAGGCAGGUCAGGAUACAAGGGAGGCCUCAGUAUAACCAUGUUGGAGAGAUCAUAGAUGGAGUCGACAUGCGAGCUGAAGUGGCUCUACUCUCCAGAAACAUUCUCAUUUAUGGAGAAAUGGAAAACUCCUGCUACGGAAACAACAUGUGCCAGUUCUACAGCCACGACACCUUUGGAGGCCACAUCCAGAUUCUUGGUAACUUCUCAUCAGUCCAUCUGUCCCAUGUUGAGCUGAAAAACAUGGGUCAGCAGAGGGAGAAGAGCCGCUACCCCCUCCACUUCCACAUGUGUGGCGAUGUGGACCAGAGGGGAGGCUACUUGGAGCCCACGUAUGUGGACGGACUCGCCAUACACCACUCGUUCUCCCGCUGCCUCACCAUCCACGCUACCAACGGCCUGCUGGUGAAAAACACUGUUGGCUAUGACACCUUGGGUCACUGCUUUUUCCUGGAGGAUGGCAUCGAGCAGCGCAACACUUUCUACCACAACCUUGGCCUGCUGACUCGACCGGGGACGCUGCUCCCGACUGAUCGCAACGAAACCAUGUGCACCAGCAUCAAGGACAAAGUGUACAAGAACUACACCCCUUCCCCAAGCACAGAGUGCAAGGCGGUGUCAACGUUCUGGAUCGCCAACCCCAAUAACAACCUCAUCAGCAAUGCAGCUGCUGGUUCUCAGGAUGCAGGCAUAUGGUUUGUGUUCCACAGCUCUUCCACUGGAGACUCUCAUGGGCUGGUCCCAGAGACCAAGGCAGAGCUCACGCCUCUGGGGAUUUUUUACAAUAACCGUGUGCACUCCAACUUUAAGGCCGGGCUGUUUAUUGACAAAGGAGUGAAAACCACCAAUGCAAGUGCUGCUGACCCUCGGGAAUACCUGUGUCUCGAUAACAAUGCCAGAUUCCGACCUCAUCAGGAUGCUGAUCCCAGCCGUCCUCGCGUGGCUGCGGUCAUCGACACUCUGGUCUCCUUCAAGAACAACGACUUGGGAGCGUGGAUCCGAGGCGGAGACAUCGUCAUCCAGAACUCCGGCUUUGCAGAUAAUGGAGUGGGACUAUCUUUUGCCAGUGAUGGCAGCUACCCGAAGGACGAAGGCUCCAGCCAGGAGGUGACACAGUCCCUGUUUGUGGGUGAAAGCCAAAACAGAGGAACCAAUGCAGGUCAGAACAAAUACUGGGGAGUCGGAGGGACCGACGCCAAAAUGAGGACACUGCCAAGAAACAGGACGUUCCCAAUCCGAGGUUUCCAGAUCUACGACGGGCCUGUGCGGCUCACACAGAGCACAUUCCGGGGAUUUGUCCCCACACCGGAGCGUUACACCAGCGCGGUGGGAUUCAACUUAAAGAACACCUGGCAGCUAAACCCUCGGAACAACCUGUCACAGCUCAGCUUUCACUCCACUGUUGGCCUGCAAGCUUUUUUCGGCCGCCCUGGACAGUGGUUUGAAGAGAACGACCUGGACGGCGACAAAAACUCCAUCUUCCAUGAUGUGGACGGCUCGGUAACAGGAUACAGAGACACUUACGUUGGCCGUGCCGAUAACUACCUGAUCCAGCAUCCUGGCUGUGUGAGGCUGCCGCAGUGGAGCGGAGUGACCUGCAGCGGCCGAUACUCUCAGGUCUACAUCCAGACGCAAGGAGCCUCGAGCCUGAGUUUAUCCAUCAGCAGAGAUGAAUACCCCGAUGCUCCUCUGUUACUGAGGGGCAUAAACAGCCAGGGGGCGCCGUCUCAGCAGUACCAGCCUGUCCUGAUGAUGAGCAAGAGUUACACUCUGCACUGGAGCGGCCCGGCGCCCAGAGAGGUCGUCCUCUCUUUGAUCAACUUUGAUAAAGACGACUGGGUGCUGGUGGGACUUUGUUACCCAUCAGACACUGCAUUCCAGAUAAUGGCGGACAUCAACGACCGGCAAAGCAACAGUUUUGACGAUAUCGUAGACUACGGCACAGUGUCGUCCCUCGCGCUGCUGCAGAAGAAUCCCACCAACAGGAAAUACUUCUUUGACCAGUCUGCUGGCUUAUUGUGGUUCUACCUGCGGGCCCGGCAUGGUCGCGACGGCCACAGCUAUUGUUCAGUAAAAGGCUGCGAAAGAGUGAAAGUCAUGGCGACGACAUCCUCCAGAGAGACGUGUAACUGUACGGGGAAGGCCUACCCCAAGUACUCCAAGACUCCCUCAGCAGUGCUGCCGAUGCCAGCUCUGAACACGCAGCCCUGCAAAGGCUGCGGCGCACAACAGCUUGUGUUUUCUAGUGAGCCAUGGACUUCCUACCUCCAGACACAAGUCAAGUCUCUCAGCAGCAAACAGGAGCAGGGCGGAGAUAACGCCUCCUUCAUCACUGUGAAUGAAGUGACCAUGUCCUUCUCGCAGCCCGGGUUUUUCCUGGUGUCAGUGGACGCCUGUACUGGAAAAGUCACCAAGAAAACCUCAUUUUCCAAGAUGGAUGCCAAGAUGGAGCAGCACCUGAAAACAGGAAUACCAAAGCGCUCAAUAGUGCUCCUGGCAACCCGAGGUCAGCCAGCAGACCUCCCCGCUCUGGCACCGUAUCUGGUCUCCUUCGGUCUGGCCAAAGCUGCUGACCUGCACAGCAAAGAGAGUCUGGCGCUGUGGGGCUUCCUGGGUGGUCCUUCGCCUCCUCCGUGGGUUUCGCUGCAGGCCGGGGAAGGGGACGACGCCCCGGGGCCGCAGGAGCGCUACUUGCCCCUGGGCUUGGAGCUCUACGGCUGUUCGCCGCCUGCAGCUCAAACCCGCAACGACCUGGAGCUUCUGAAAAAAGCCACAGGACAACAAUAAGCAAUGUGAAGUGUACAACUUACCGACGCGACAAGAACACUCUUGCACACAGUUACACAAACACACAGCCAGCUGAUGAAUGUGAACUGCUGAACCUUUAAUUUAUUUAACAGCGACAAAGAUGUUUACUGAUUUCACUUGGAUCAAAGGUAUUUUAUUAUGAGCAGGGUGAAUAUUUUUGUGAUUUGUUUGUGUGUGUAUGUGUGUGCAUGUGUGUGUGUAUGGUUACUUUGCCUUAGGGCCAUUAAGUCAAUGCACUUUUUCUUUCAGAGACACAACUUGCUUUCUCAGCCAAAGUGAUCAAAUGGAGCUUUACAAUAACUUGGCCGGUUUAUCUUGUGCACCAGCAAAAAUACACCUGCAGUAACAGGCGAGAUCUACCUAACAAUCUCAUUAUUAUGCUUUGAUGAUAGAGGCUGACUCAAAACAGAACAUAAUGCAUUACAUCUGCACACGCCAGAAGGAAAUUAUGAAAAGAAAUUGCAUUGUCCCUGAAAUUAGACCGUGUUAGAUCAGAACUGAAAAUAAAAAGAGAGAUUAGACACACUCAGGUCAAAAGGAAAUUAUGAAAAUAAAUGCCACAGUGUGAACAGCAUUAUUUCACAAUUACCAUGUAGUGUAGAAAAAAUAAUAAAUUAAAAAUCUGAGCCAGUAUCUGAGAUGUGUGUAGAGCUGAUCUCACUGGGCUGCAACAAACUGUGACUGAAAUUCAUGGGAGAGAAUUUCUCUCCUAAAUGUGUUCAAAAAAUUCGCUAAAGGCUUUUUUUGUCUCAGUCUUCUCAGAUAUCUCUAGCCUUUCUUGAAUCCUUAUCAGUUUCUCACAAAUGAAUUUGUCAGACUUUUGUUCAUCCAGCAGCUUCUGCAUGUGUUUUUCCUAAACUUCUGAUGACAAAUUAAUUGUAGAACUGGGAAUAAAACUCGCCAAAUAUUAUUUUUCAUCGGGCAAGUUUCAUGCCAAUGCAGAGCAGGUUUCAUUUGAAAGUCAAUCUAGUAUUGUGCAGAUCUCAGGCGAGUAUUAUAUGAAUGUUGUAUGUUGAGCAAGUUAAGUAUCGUGGUAAUGUCAAGUGAGUAUAGUGAGAAUGUCUGGCUAGUGUCGUGCAAAUGCAAAGCCAGUAUCAUGUGAAUGUAGAGCGAGUAUUUGUGUGAAUGUCGAGUGAGAAUCACACAAAUGUCCAAGAGACAACAACAGGCAAAUUAAAGUCAGUAUCGCAUUGAGAUCGGAUUUGAAUUCCAAAUUCAGAUUUUUGGAAUUGUGAAAACUAACGAUCUUAUUUUGUUGCUUUGCUGUGCCUCAGUUCGUUGCGAGUUGUUACCGCCCAGUGUGAUAGGAGCUUUAGGAGCCGUGCUCACAGAAGAGGAAAGCGGUGAGCUCAGAUAAAGAACACUUAAAACAGUGUUUGUUUGUUUUUUCAGAAAAAACUAAUAAUAUCAAGCCAUAUUCAUGUGUCAGUGUUUUUAUACUCCUGCAGAUAAACAGCGUUGUGCAGGGAUGUGAUCUGGCUACAUUUGCCUUUCAAAAAUAUGAAAUGCCAUAAAAUAGUUCAGGCAUCGCCGAACGUCGCCAUCAUAAUGUAAGAAAUGAAUCUUCAACUGGAAAACCUCCUCCGAUCAUCGUGCAGCUGUACAAGUUUAAGCACCUUUUUUUAUUAAUUCCUACCUGGACUUACUGGAUCUUUGAUCUCUUUAUAGUAUUUAUCUUCUCACAGUGAGUGCAGGCCACAUGUGCAGCACAAAUGUACUAACAUCUUCCUUUUCUUCAUUAUUUUUUUUUUUUUCAAACUAAAUGGAAUGUUUUUCCUUUUGUCUGCCUCAUUCACAAUCCUCUCAUUUACUUCAUUGCCAAAAACCGAUAUAUUUACAGAAUGCUUUUUUUUUUUUUACUUUUGUUACUUUUUUGACUGUACAGCAGUGAGCAGUACACGGAUGUUGUAGCUGCUGGAACGUCCGCAGCUUCAUGUCGACACUAUGUAAUCUGUUAAUGGGUGUAUGGAUGCGAGCAGGGCUCCCCCACUGAGCAGUGAUCAUUUGUGACUGUGUGAGUUUGUGACUGGCCAUGGGAGAUGGAAGGAGGACAAUCACCUUGUUGCCUUUUAACCACUCUACUGUUCAAAAGA